UCUAGAAAACUCAGACUCUUCGUCCCUUCUGUCUCUCUUUCUUCUGUUUUUUUGGGUUGGCAAGGAAGAGAAGAGAGGAGGACUUAGUUCAAUCAUCAUAGACAGGUUUCAUUUAGAAGAACAAAAUCACAGACAAGAAAAAAAGGUGCAGAAAGAAUUCAAUUCCUUUCCUAUUCUCUAAUAAGAACUGGGUUCUUAGGAAACAUUCUUUAAGAGACAGACAAGCUUCUUUUCAUCAUUUCUCUCUCUCUCUCUUCUCUCUCUCUCUCUCUCUCUCUCUCUCUCUGUGAUGAGAUUUAGCUUAAUUUGGAGAAGUGGAAGAGAAAGGAGGAGGAGGGGAGGAGGGUUUAGUGUGGAAUGGGAAUAAGAGGAAGAGGAAGGAUAUUAUGGCAUGGUGCAAUGACUGUGAUGAUCAUGACAGAGCUGUUGUUGAACAGAGAAGUUCUUCGCCGUCACCCACCGGUUUUAUCUCCCAUGACAAGAAACAAGUUCAAACCCGUUUCACCAUCUGCCCUUCAUGUGGUCACCGGAUCUCAUCUCAUGAACAGGCGGGAAUUCAUGAACUGCCGGGUUUACCUGCCGGAGUGAAGUUUGAUCCGACCGAUCAGGAGUUGCUAGAGCAUUUGGAAGGGAAGGUGCGAUCUGAUAUUGAAAAACGUCACCCUCUUAUUGAUGAAUUCAUCCCUACCCUUGAUGGGGAGAAUGGGAUCUGUUACACUCAUCCAGAGAAGUUACCAGGUGUAAGCAAAGAUGGCUUAAUUCGCCAUUUCUUCCAUCGACCUUCGAAAGCAUACACAACAGGGACUCGAAAGCGGCGAAAGGUGCACACAGAUGCUGAUGGUGGAGAAACGAGAUGGCACAAAACAGGCAAGACUAGACCAGUUUUUGAAGGGGGGAGGGUGAUGGGGUACAAGAAGAUACUAGUACUUUACACCAACUAUGGAAAGCAAAGAAAGCCUGAGAAGACAAGUUGGGUAAUGCACCAAUAUCAUCUUGGGAGUAGUGAGGAAGAGAAGGAUGGAGAAUUAGUUGUGUCCAAGGUGUUCUAUCAAACACAACCUAGGCAAUGUGCUUCAGUUGUUAAGGACUCCCUUCCAGUUGAAUUGAAGGUUCAAAGCAAGCAUGAUAGCUCCAAUAAUUUAAGGGACACAUCAGCCCUAGUUGAUUACUAUAACCCUUCACUAAUCUCCUAUGAUCAAGGAAGCCAUGUUAGAACAAGCCCUUCUCAGCUGAUACCAAAUUUCGUGGUCCAUGCUGAUGGGUCUUCUUUCCUUCAUUGAAGGGUCUUUCACAUUGCUAACCAUCAACUCAAAUGGGAAACAUGUGAAGUAAGGUGGCUGUUGAUUUGGUGUUCUGUACUAGUGAAAAAUAAGUUAUUUCCAUUGAUAUUUUCUUGAGGAGCAAAAAAGGAGAGGAGGAAUAAAUUGAGGUGGAUUCUUUAGGAGUUUGUAAGGGUUAAAAAGAGGAAAGAAAAUGAAGAUUCUGCCAUAACAUUUUUUUUUUUUUUUGGUAGUUUGUAGUAAGUCUUGUAUAAGGAGUGAUUUAAUAACUUCAGAGGAUACGUGGGUCGUGGCCCUUGUUAGUAUUGGAAGAGAAAUGUUGAUUGUAUAACUGUACAAAAAUGAUUCUUACUAUGUAAGUUCUAGGUUCAUUUAGGUUCA